AUGGCACUUCACAACUAUAUAAGGAGGCAUGCCCAACGUGAUAUUCAUUUUGACAAAGUGAAUGACAACCCAAAUGCAAUGGAGAUGGAGGGUGAUACACAAGAAGAAUAUCAUAUUACUCAAGGGCCUGGAGCACAAGAACUAGAAACAUUAAGGAACAAGAUUGCUGCAAGUUUAAUGCAUGCAUCUUCUUAG